UUCAUUCCAAAUAUUUCUUCCUUCUUCUUAGUUCCGUUGUAGUUUUGCUUGCAUCCAAGCCAUUCAAUCUAAAGCCUUCUUUGUAUUUCAUCAUUGUGUCCUUGAUCUCUGAUCUCGUCUGGGAAUUCGAGACAGCAUUAGACCAGACUCAAGAAUCUGAGGAUCAGACAGCAAGCAGCAAAUGGAGAGCAGCAUAUCAAACUCUGAUGAUAGUCAUGAAAUGGGACGCCAUGCCUCCUCACCUUCUUCAGCAUGUCCAACUGAUCAAUCUUUCACAGAAAUCACAAGUUACUCCAUCUUGAGUGGCGACUCUUUCGCCUACUGCAGGAGUAGCUCUGAGGCCUCAGGGUUCUCCUCAGAGCACACAGACGACAACAGCUAUUCUGAGGUGGCCUCUCCCAUCUGCUGGCCGGGCCGCAACUCUCUGAUCUGUGCAAAGUUUUCGAGACUAGGCCUAAAACAGAACAAGCAUGAGAUGAUGGAUGAAGAAGACACAGCAGAUUUAGAGCUAGAGCUGAUGAAGGAGAGAUUCUCAAAGUUGUUGCUGGGAGAGGACAUGUCUGGAAGUGGGAAGGGAGUUUGCAGUGCUGUCACCAUCUCAAAUGCCAUUACAAACCUUUAUGCUUCUGUAUUUGGCAAACACCAGAAACUAGAGCCCCUGCAUUCAGACAACAAACUAAUGUGGAAGAGGGAAAUGAAGUGUCUUCUAGCAAUAUGUGAUUACAUUGUUGAAUUCACUCCCACGGUUCAGACAUUAAAAGAUGGAACAGCUUUGGAGGUGAUGACAAGUACGAUAAGAUCAGAUAUAUCCAUUAAUCUACCUGCCCUGAGAAAACUUGAUGCAAUGCUUCUGGAUAUUCUGGACAGCUUUCAAGAGACAGAGUUCUGGUAUUCAGACGAGGGAAGAAGUUCCGGAAGCUCCCGAUGCUCGGGGUCAUUCAGGAGGAUCAUUCAUUCGCAGCCCAAAGAAGAGAAAUGGUGGCUGCCGAUUCCAUGCGUCUCCCCUGACGGGCUGUCUGAGAAAUCAAAGCAGCAAUUGAGGCAAAAGCGCGACUGCGCCAGCCAGAUUCACAAGGCGGCAAUGGCUAUAAACAGCAGCAUUCUUGCUGAAAUGCAGAUUCCAGAAUGUUACAUUGCAUCCCUUCCCAAGAGUGGAAAAGCGAGCGCGGGAGACACAAUCUACCGGCACAUGCACAGCGUGGAAACUUUCUUGCCGGAUCAUCUGCUGGACUGUCUCAACAUUAGCUCUGAGCAUGAAGCCCUCAAGCUUGCGGACAGGGUUGAAGCCUCGAUGGUGAUAUGGCGUCGAAAAAUGGGGAUGGCGGCUCAGUCAAAGUCCUCCUCCUCGUUGUCAUGGGGUGGCAUGGUUAGAGAUCAGGGUGGUUCUGAGAAGAACCAUGUGUUAGCAGAAAGAGCAGAAACUUUGCUCUUCAGCUUGAAGCAAAGAUAUCCUCAACUUUCGCAAACCACAUUGGACAUGAGCAAGAUCCAAUACAACAAGGAUGUGGGGCAGGCAGUGCUGGAGAGCUAUUCCAGAGUCUUGGAGGGCCUGGCAUUCAACGUUGUUGCUUGGAUUGAAGACGUUCUUUCCCUAGACAAAACCCAAAGCCAAAGCCAAAGCCAAAUCCUGCAGGAUUACUGACUCAAUCCAAGCAGCAAAUUAGAAGUUAGGUCUGUCUGGUUCUUAGGAAAGCAGAACGAAUGAAUGAAGAUGCCUGCCUAACUUGUUUAUGAUCAGUGAGAGAGAGAUAGAUAUGUCAUCAAGCAGCUACAAUAUAGAUAGAUAGAUAGAUAGAUGGUAGCUAUUAUUAUAUUGUUUCCACUUCUUAAUAAAAAGAUAUACUGUUAUUUA